CGGCUAUAGGCAACUUUGAAUACAGCUAAAUCCAAGGUUUACGUCUGCACUAAACGUCAAAAUCAUGUUCUGACUGUGUUGGUGUCAAAAACAAUAACAAAAUAUUGACUUUCUUUAAAUAUGGAAUCUGAAGAAGGUUCUCCUUCGCCGCCCCCGCCUUCAGACCCGCCGCCCAGCUUGCCACCACCUUUGCCGGCUCGGCCUCGCAAAACAACCCCCCAACCCCCCAUUCCGGUCCAGGAAGACAGUCAUUUCGAUAACGAAGCUGAGGGCGACGUUGACGAUGAAAUUUCGCAACAAAUGACAGCUUCGUAUAGCGAAAUCUCAUUCAAGUCAGGCGUGAGCCCCGAAAAUGAGGCCCCCUUGUCCCUAACAAUGGACCCCAUGCCCCUAGCUGAGCAUAUACUGCAAAGGCCGGUCACUCUGAGUUGCGACAGGAAUAUUCCUUCUUGUAAACCUUUAAGGCCCCUCAAUUUGGAGGGUACUGUGCAUGUGGAGGGGAAUAUGACGCAUUUUGUUGCUGAAGAUUUAGAGUAUAAAAUUAAAUUGUCUAGUCCUGUUACCAAGAAAGGAGACACACCACCUCUACCAGGUGGAUCCAGGAGUUGCACUCCCAGCACCCUCUAUAGACAACUGCUAGUACCGCAAAUUGGCCAACUUGAUCCAAGCCUGUUAAAUGACCUGGAGUGCGAGGCCCAAAAAAUGGCUACUUCGAUUGACAAUUUGACUGAGAAUUUGUGCGGAAUCUUACAUUCUAUUUCUUCAAUCACUGCUGAUAAUGUAGAUGUUUACAAAAACGCAGUUUCCAAAAUGUCUGAUGCUAUGGAUUCAAAUAUUAAAAGUAUGUACACGAUGAUGGCAAAAACGGAAGAAGUUACCCAGGCCAUGAAAUCGGUCCAGGGUCAUGCAGCUAGGAUAAAGGAAAUAAAAAGGCUGGUUGACCUUUUUGAAAGUUACGUUUGAAGAAGGUGCAAUCACAAGAGACCAACAAAAUGCCUAACAAUAAAUGUAUUUCUUCUACUACUCUACAGGUUCACUCGUUGGCGCCGUUUUUACCGUUGAUUCUUGAUAUUUUAUGUGCUUGUUAUUGUUAAGUUCACUGGAGGAUUUUACUGCGUUAUCAAAUGUGUUCAGCUAUUUUUAUAAAUAAAGUUUUGUCACCGAAAA